ACCAGGAGGCCGGAGCCCCCCCAUGCACCCUCCACAGCUGACCCCCCCCACACACACACAUCCAGCGGGGGGGGGGUGCGUGUGCUCAUUUGCUAUUGCAAUCAGUUCUGCUGCCACGAGCCAGCCCCCCCCCCCUUUUCUGCUGCCGCCAUCCCAAAGCCAAAGAGCCACUUAGGGCGGGGGAGGCGUCCCAGCAAAGACCCCCCCCUUCCAUCCCCCACCCUCCCCCCUUCCUGCUGCCCAGGUUUAUAACGCGGCAGCCCCAGGCCAGGCAGCAGCGCCGCGCGCCCGUCCUCUGUCCCGGGGGCUGCAGCCAGCGCGUGCGGGGCUCUGGGCCGCCCGGGGGCCGGGCUCGGCGGCGCCCCCUUUCCCCCCCCCAUGUCCCUCGGGCGGGCGGCCCGGCUGCUGCUGCUGCUGCUGCUGCUGCUGGCGGGGAGCGGGCUGGAGCCCUGCGCCGCCGAUCGCUGCAGCUGGAAGGGGAGUGGUUUAAGUUGGGAACCCCGUUCCCGCACCGUGGAGCAGGUCCACCUACGCUGCACUGAGGGCUCCCUGGAAUGGCUGUAUCCAGCCCGAGCCCUGCGUGUUGUCCUGGAGCCCAACCUGUCGAGCACCAGACACACCACUGUCUGCAUCAAGCCAGCGAGUGACUUCCAGGGUGCCAGCAUCUACGUGGAGCGCGCCGGGCAGCUGCACCUGGUGGUGAGCGAAGCCGAGGAGGCGCAGCUGCGCCAUGUGUCCUGUUUCAGUGCCCACACGCCACAGCGGGUCGCCCUUUUCCUGCAGGCUAGCCCGCAGAGGGAUAUCAGCCGCAGGAUGGCCAGCUUCCAGUACGAGCUGCUGAGCAACCAGAGCGCGGCAGGCCCUGACUUCCAGAAAAUGGCCCUUGUGGAAGCGAUGUGCCGUCCUUGUGACAAUAUGGAGCUUCUGAUGGCCAUUUGCAGCAGUGAUUUUGUCGUGAGAGGAUCGAUCCAAAAUGUUUCCCAUGACCCUGAAAAUCACGUGUCCCAGGUUGAAGUCAGCGUCCAGAAAGUCUACAGGCAGAAAAACAGAAUUUUCCGACAGGAUGAAGCAACUGGUGAAUGGAGGGGCCCCAUAAAAACCCUGCUGCAGUGCAAGGUAAAGAAAGGUGCUGGAGAUUUCCUGUUCACUGGCAAUGAACAUUUUGGAGAAGCUUGGCUCGGCUGUGCCCCUAGAUUUAAGGACUUCAGUUCCAUUUACCAAACAGCCAGAGACAGGGGAACAAACCCAUGUGAGUUUCAGUUCAGCUGAAAUGCACGUCCCAAGAGCGCUGACUAAAGGGUUGCAGCCCCAUGUUCCUGAGCAGAGGCUGAAGAUAGAUUUCACUAGAGCUAGGGCUGGGAGAGCCUCUUGGAGUUUAUGACUCUAUGAACCUCUCAAACCAGGACAGUGAGGCCACAAAAUGGUUUAAAUUAAUGAAGUGCUUUGUUUAUAAUUCAAAUACAGGUGCCUCUCCUGCCUCCAGGGGACCUUCCGAUUUUUUAAGGGGCUGCUUUUCCCCCCCUCGCUGAAGAGUAGCCUGUGCUGUGUGUUAGAGGUAGGAGAUGCCUCACAAAAUCUAGGAUGCCCUAAGUGGGUGUCCUGUCUGU